AUGACCUUCUACCACACUGCUGAGGACAUCCGCAUCGAUGACGGCCAUAUCCUAAGGGCUCGUCUCCAGACCGCCGACGGCGAGUGGAACGAUGCUGAGAUCGACCUCAACAACCACAUUGGUAACGACAACGGUCAUUUCAUCUGGGACGGUGACAACUUCUCCCAUUCGGCAGAGGAUAUCGAGUUCGCGCUUGAGGGAGACGGUGACGUCCCUGUCCUCCGCGCUACCCUCAGGGAUGAAGAUGGCAACGGUGAGACUCGCGACAUCAACUUGGGCGAACGCAUCAUCAACAACGAUGGCAACUUCCAUUACGAGUAG